CGAAUAUUGAUAAUGGUACACCAACCUCGCUUUAUUCUCUCUGGCGCUGCGGGCGGCAGCACCGCCGGCGCCGAUGCACCCAACCGCCUCGACAUUUGGAAACUGGUCGAUAUGCCUGUGCACUUCUCGCUUUAUGUCCAGGCGCUACAGAAAAUGUUUGUGGAUGAUCAGGCAGACAUCACAUCGUUCUUCGCUAUUGGUGGCAUCCACGGACUUCCGUACAACAGCUGGAAUGGCGCCGGCGAGGAGCCGGUCGACCCGAACGCGUGGCAAGGCUACUGCACGCACGCUAACCUCCUCUUCCCCACAUGGCACCGGCCGUAUGUUGCGCUGAUGGAGCAAGUCUUGCAGCGCACGGCCAUCACAAUCGCGGAAACAUAUACCGUCAACAAGGAAGAGUUCAAAAAGGCCGCGAUGGAGCUUCGCCAGCCGUUUUGGGACUGGGCCGCCGACGCGCUCCCGCCCCCAGAGGUCAUAUCCAAGGACUACGUCGACAUUAUCGGGCCAGACGGCGAGAAAGUGCCCGUGCCGAACCCGCUGCGCCGGUACACUUUUCACCCGAUUGAUCCGUCGUUCCAAGACACGACCUUUGAGAAGUGGGGCACGACGAUCCGGCACCCGACCACCAUGGGGGCUGACGCAAAAGACAAUGUGGAUGGGCCCCGUGGGCUGAUCGCGACGCUGAACCAAACAUACCCUAAGCGCAAACUGAACACAUACUUUACUCUCACCCGCCUUCACACGUGGCCGGAGUUCAGCAACAAGGCGAGCGGCAACAAGGCACUCGCAAACAGCCUCGAAACGAUUCACGACGGGGUGCAUGAUAACCUAGGCGGGCUGGGACCGGGCCACAUGGGGCACCCAGCUGUGGCAGGGUUCGACCCAAUUUUCUGGCUGCACCACUGCAACGUCGACCGUCAACUCGCCCUAUGGUCCGCAGUUAACCACGGGGUGUGGGUAACGAAGGGACAGGCAGGGCGCGGCACGUGGACCCUCCCCCAGGACGCGCCGAUCGACGGCAAGACGGCACUCACUCCGUUCUGGAAAUCGGCCGACGACACCGCCACCCCAUAUUGGACCUCGGCCGACGAUGGAAACGCCGGCCUCGCGACAGCCCCGCUGGGGUACACGUACCCCGACUUCAACGGGCUUGACAUGGGCAACCCACAGCAAGUUAAAAUCCACAUUCGGCAGCACAUCGAGAAGCUGUACGGCUCUCUCGGCGGAUUUGAAAUCCCGCAGCCAGUAGCGGCAAACCACGGGCCAGCUGUGGCAGACUGGACCGUGCGCGUCCAGAUCAAGCAGGCGGAGGUCGGUCAGAGCUUCGCGGUGUUCUUGUUCCUCGGGCCGGUCCCACCGGCAGUAGAUGCGGCUGAUUGGCUCUUCGACGAGACGUGUGUCGGCACAUAUGAUGUGUUUGUCAACAGCCUUUCGGAGCGUUGCGCGAAUUGCCGCGAGCAAGAAGACUUGGUCGUUGAGGGAUUCGUGCACUUGACUGGGGAGAUCAUUCAGCAUGCGCCGACUCUCGCGUCGCUCCGCCCCCAAGUUGUCGUGCCGUAUCUGACCGAUACGCUUAACUGGGGCGUGCGCAAGAUCGAUGGGACGGCUGUUGCUUUAGACACUGUGCCGUCGCUUGAGGUAGACGUCGCGAUGACGCCGCUGACGAUGCCUCUCGGGGCAGGGCUUCCGGAGGCCGGAGAGGUGAAAUACUACCAUGAAAUUACCCGUGGAAAACAGGGCGGAUCGCGCGUUUAG